CAUAAUCAACACAUAUCAUCCAAAAGGAGUCCCUUCUUCUUCUUCUUCAUCUCCUUGUGCAUACAUUACGAGGAGACUUUCGUAAGAGAUAUCAGAGAGAGCUUUUGAUAUAACAAUCAUGCCUGCGGGAGGCUUCUCCGGUCCUAAGGGUGGAGGCACUGAAUUCGAGGCCAAGAUCACGCCCAUCGUCAUCAUUUCAUGCAUUAUGGCAGCCACGGGAGGCCUCAUGUUCGGUUACGACGUCGGUGUUUCAGGUGGUGUUACAUCCAUGCCCUCCUUCCUGAAGAAAUUUUUCCCGGUUGUUUACCGGAAGACUCUGAAUGAAGAGGACAGCAAUUACUGCAAAUACGAUAAUCAAGGUCUUCAAUUGUUCACAUCAUCGCUGUACCUAGCUGGUUUAACCUCAACGUUCUUCGCGUCCUUUACGACGAGAAAGCUAGGCCGGAAGCCAACCAUGUUGAUUGCCGGAGUUUUCUUCCUGUGCGGGACCGUCCUUAAUGCCGCGGCGCAAGACCUUGCCAUGCUCAUUAUUGGUAGGAUCUUGCUUGGAUGCGGAGUCGGUUUUGCUAAUCAGGCGGUGCCACUGUUCCUUUCGGAGAUUGCGCCCACAAGGAUACGUGGAGGUUUGAACAUUCUCUUUCAACUGAACAUCACCAUUGGCAUUCUCUUCGCCAACCUCAUCAAUUACGGUACCAAUAAAAUCACAGGGGGAUGGGGUUGGAGGCUGUCAUUGGGUUUGGCCGGCGUUCCUGCAGGUCUCCUAACCUUGGGGGCUAUCUUUGUGGUGGAAACUCCCAACAGUCUGAUAGAGCGUGGUCGCUUGGAAGAAGGAAAGUCUGUGCUUAGAAGGAUUCGGGGCACUGACAAUAUUGAACCCGAGUUUUUGGAGCUUGUUGAGGCGAGUCGUGUGGCUAAAGAAGUGAAGCACCCCUUCAGGAAUCUCCUCAAGCGGAGGAAUCGCCCCCAGCUCAUCAUUGCAGUAGCCUUGCAGAUCUUCCAGCAAUUCACCGGCAUCAAUGCAAUCAUGUUUUACGCUCCGGUUCUGUUUAACACCUUGGGAUUUGGGAAUGAUGCUGCCCUUUACUCAGCCGUUAUAACUGGAGCUGUUAAUGUCGUCUCCACCGGUGUAUCCAUCUACUCAGUCGACAAAUUGGGUCGUCGCAUUCUCUUAUUGGAAGCUGGCAUCCAAAUGUUCCUUGCUCAAGUGGCGAUCGCAAUCAUUCUAGGACUUAAGCUUAAAGACGACCCUGCUCAGAGUACCCUUCCCAAAGGUCUUGCAAUCCUAGUAGUUGUCUUUGUGUGCAUGUUUGUGUCAUCCUUUGCAUGGUCUUGGGGACCUCUCGGGUGGCUGAUCCCAAGUGAGACAUUCCCGCUGGAGACUCGCUCGGCAGGGCAGAGUGUGACAGUGUGUGUCAACUUGCUCUUCACUUUUGUUAUUGCGCAGGCCUUCCUCUCUAUGCUCUGCCAUUUCAAGUAUGGCAUCUUCCUUUUCUUCUCUGGCUGGGUUUUCAUCAUGUCAUUUUUUGUGCUGUUUCUGCUCCCGGAGACCAAAAAUAUCCCUAUUGAAGAGAUGACAGAGAGGGUGUGGAAGCAACACUGGCUUUGGAAGAGAUUUAUGGAUGACCGCGAAGGUGGAGGAGCUGUUUUCAAUGGUACUGAUGAAAAGAAAAUUGGGCACACGAAUGGAUUUGAUCCUUCUUCUCAGUUGUAAGCUUGAUAUACUAGGAACAUAGACAUUGGCCGGACAAUAUAAGAUAAGUAGAUAAUGUGUCGCAGUGUCAAAGUUCAUUGCUUUUUAUUUUUAUAUUUAUAUUUGUAGUUAUUUUUGAGUUCA